AUGGCGACUUUGGAAGAGAAGCUGGACAAGAUCCGGUCGCCGAAUCUUCAGAGUCAGCAGCAGACCGUCGUCAUCCUCAAGGCAGUCGACGAGACGCUGAAGGAACAAAACACGGCACCGACGCCUACAGGCUACUUUGCCGCCCUUCUCGCACUUCUCAACCAAUCCAUCUCCAAUGGUCAAAUCAACAAGGAACUGACCCCUUCGGUCGUCUAUCUUCUCGACGUUGUUACGCCAUUCGCUCCCCACUCACUCCUCCGAUCAAAAUUUACCCAGAUUCUUACGCUGCUCGCGCCCGUGCUGCUCCUUGCAGAUGCCGAGGCCCCGCUGCUCAAGCCAUCCAUUGGAUGUCUCGAAGCUCUUCUUCUCGCACAGGACCUGGCAGCAUGGAAGCAGUCUACCAACGAGAUUAGCCCGCGCAGGGCCGUGGCAGGACUCUUGAACCUCGCCAUAGACCACCGACCCAAGGUCCGCAAGCGGGCACAGGAUGCUCUCAAGAAGAUCCUCACCAACCCCCCUCCCAGCCCGUCUUUGGACCACCCGGCCGCCGACCUUUGCGCUGAAACCGCCAUGAGGAGCCUCGCUGAGCUGGCCGAGAAGGCUGCGGCCUCGAGAAAACAAAAGAAGUCGGCCGAGGGAGAGCACGACCCGGCUUUGAUCCAUGCCCUUCAGCUCAUCAAGACGGUUACUCUCGCAUGUGGCGGCUGGCCGAGCAAGAACAUUGAAUCGCUCUGCGAACUCCUCCUCGGUAUUGCCAAGACCGGAAACGACCACAUGACCAUGGCCGUCUUUGACAUUUUCGAGAUGAUCUUCGAGGGUAUGGCUACCGAGGAAAUGGCCUCUGUCAAGCUCCCACGCCUGCUCGAGAUUAUUGCCGAAUUGCGACCUUCUGCCAACGACACACAACUUCUUCCCCCUUGGAUUGCUAUUCUGUCGAGGGGCUACGACGUUUCUGCCCAGAUGGAACCAGAGGAUACCUUCCAGAAGCUGCCCGAUCUGUUCAGCUUGGUCUCCGAGUUUAUGGAAUCAUCCUCGCAUAACAUCCGCGUUUCCGCAUCAGAAUGUCUGAUCUCUUUCGCGGCCAACUGCAUUCCCAACCAAGUCAUUUUGGAGCCAUCCAUCUAUGACGAGAAGGUUCUUGAGAAGCUAGCGCAGAUUGCCGAGAAAUUCCUCACUGUCCAGUACCAGUCAGCAUGGAUGCAGACCUUUAACGUCUUUGGUGGCCUUUUUGAUGCUCUCCGAUGGCGAUCAAACCCGAUACUCCUUGGCAUCGUAAAAGCCGUUGGCGAACUCCGCGGCAACGACUCUUUCAUGGGUAAGAAGGAGGCGGACGAUGUGCUUGGCAAGGCUGUGAGAGCCAUGGGCCCCGAGGCUGUUCUCAAGGUUCUGCCUCUGAACCUGGCAAAGCCUGCAAGGGGCCAGCCUGGCCGUGCGUGGUUGCUUCCGAUCAUGCGUGACUACACAAGCAACACCAACCUUCAGCACUUUAGGGACGAGAUGGUACCUCUCAGCGAGGCCAUGUUCCAAAAGGUCCUCGACAAUGGCGAUGCCCCCAAGACUAUGGAGAUCAAGAUAUACGAGACUCUGGUCUCGCAAAUUUGGUCCAUCUUGCCUGGAUACUGCGACUUGCCGUUGGACCUUACCACGGCUUUCGACCAGUCGCUUGCAGAGAUGCUAGCUAACCUACUCUACAAGCAAAUUGAUUUGCGACUCGAAGUUUGCAGAGCUCUCAGGACCUUGGUUGAGUCCAACCAGGCCAUUGCUUCGGUGGAAGAUGCUGAAGAUCUAGUCCUGCAGAGCCGGGUUUCGAAGGAUGAUGCAAAGAAGAACUUGACCUACUUGGGUACAUUUGCGGGCAAUCUGCUUGCUGUGCUGUUCAACGUUUAUAGUCAGACUCUUCCCCAAUCACGAGGACCCAUCCUGCAAACUAUCAAUUCUUAUCUGAGCAUAACUCCUAACCAGGAACUUAUUGAGACAUUCGACAGAGUUAGCAACAUGCUUGCCCAGACCAUCGCCGAGGCAGCCAGCGAGCAGGAGAAGAACAACAAGCAGCAGAAGCCCAAGGACCAGAUGCCAUCUACAAGCCAUACACUCAUGGACCUGGUUAUUACCAUGUCUGCGUAUCUACCCCGUGAAAGUUUCGGAGCUCUUUUCAACAUCUCAUCUCUCAUUAUCGUGAAGGAUGACGACCCACAACUGCAGAAGAAGGCCUACAAGCUUAUUCCUCGGUUAGCAGGAUCUGAUAUUGGUAAAGUGGCAUUGCAGGAACGAUUCGAGGAAUUGCAAAAUCUGCUACUCUCCAGCUCCGAGAAGGUGUCCAUUCCAGCCCGGAGAGAGCGGAUCGCUGCCAUUGCGUCCAUGGUCCCAUUCAUCCCCGACGAUGGACUUCAUUUUAUUCCCUCUGUCCUCUCGGAAGUUGUGAUUGGCUGCAAGGAGAACAACGAGAAGGCAAGAACUUCGGCAUUUGAUUUGCUUGUUGCCAUGGGCCAGAGGUUAGAACAGUCCAAGGGCAAGAUGAUUGUCAACAGCAAAGUGCCUCACAUGCCCGCCGACGCGCCGUCGGUUCCUGCUGGUAUCGAGGAGUACUUUACCAUGGUCAGUGCCGGUCUUGCUGGCAGCACUCCCCAUAUGAUUUCUGCCUCUAUUACCGCCAUAACCCGUAUUCUUUACGAAUUCCGCGAAGCCCUUAGCCACGAAAUCAUGAGCGACCUUGUACAGACCAUGGAUCUAUUCCUGACGUCCAACAACCGUGAGAUUGUCAAGAGUGUCUUAGGUUUCGUCAAAGUGUGCAUCAUCAGCUUGCCAACAGAAAUGAUGGUUCCUCGACUGCCAUCCCUAAUUCCCAACCUGAUGGUCUGGGGUCACGAGCACAAGGGACAUUUCCGAGCCAAGGUCAAGCACAUUUUGGAAAGAAUGAUUCGUCGCUUCGGCUUCGACAUUGUGAACAAGCACUGCCCCGAGGACGAUCGCAAAUUGAUCAACAACAUUCGCAAGACCAAGGAGCGCAGCAAGAGAAAGAAGGAAGCCGCCAAGGCCGAGGGCCAGGAAGAAGACGAGGAUGAGGCUGAUGGCAAGCGCCGCAGUCGCUUCGAGAGCGAAUACGACGAGGCGCUUUACUCUAGUGACGACUCUGAUGCCGCCGAGGACUCUGACGAGGAGAUGGGCGGAAACGUCUCCAAGAAGGGCAAGAAGGGCGGAAACACAUACAUCAUGGAGGAUGAGGACGAGCCCCUCGAUCUGCUCGACAAGAAGGCCCUCGCCAGCAUCUCGUCGACCAAGCCCGUUAAGAUGCGCAAGGCAGGCCGGACAAAGGCCAAGACCGACAUGGACGGCAAGCUCAUCCUUGGCCAGGAUGACGAAGACGAUGCCAUGGUUAUGGACGCACCUGCCGAGGGCGGUGACAGUGGUGUAGGCGCCUACGUUGCGGCCCUCAGAGGCAAGGAUGCAGCCCGUCGUGGACAGCGUGGCCGUCUCAAGUUCUCCAACAAGCACAGAAACCAGGAUGACGAUGAUGAUGAGAUGGAAGUCGACGAGCGCGACAUGGCCGCCAUCAAGCACACUGUCAACAAGGCUCACGGAGGCGACCGGGGCGGAAGAGGCGGCCGUGGAGGUUGGGGAGGGGGCCGUGGAGGAGGCCGUGGAGGCUGGGGAGGAGGCCGAGGAGGAGGAGAUCGUGGAGGAGGAGGCCGCGGUGGCAGAAGUGGCCGAGGAAGCUUUAACGGCGGCCGGAGAGGACUCGGCGAGGACAAAAGACACGGGGCUUCUGUACAGGGCGGUGGCAAGGUGGGAAAGCCUCAUUUCCCAAAGGGAGGAAGGCGAUAA